CACCAGCCAAACAGUCUGAUAGUAGAAGGAGUCCAAUCAACACGUUCAAAUGUUUUUGCGACAAUUGUUAAAAAAUGCAAAUUGCCAGUUAUUUCUUGCGACCAGAGGAUGCAGCAAGUUGGCGUACUAUCAGCAUAUCGGCAAGGUACCACUGAGAUAUGAAAAUAUUGGCCAACAAGUUCAAAAGUCCGCAGAGAAAUAUGCGAACCGGGUAGCACUUUAUUCUUAUCAAGAGAAGACACAAGUCACUUUUGCCGAGGCGUACGAAGAAGCCGCCGUCUUGGCUGUUCAACUGAGCGACAUGGGCUUACAAAGGGGAGAUCAUUUGGCCAUAUGGGCUCCAAACACCAAACAGUGGUAUAUCACAUUUCUGGCCGCUGCUCUGGGAGGAUUCCCUCUGGUGUGUUUAAACUACGGUCUACAAAAGCGAGAACUGGAAUAUGCUCUACAAAAGGCCAAAGUCAAAGCGAUCGUCACAAUGGACACCUAUGGGAAAUGUCAAUUUUUAAAGACUUUGCAAGAAAUUAAUGAUAGAGAGUUAAAGGUCGUAAUGCAGUCACAACAAAAACUGGAUAGCUAUAGCAAUUACGACGACUUGUUCAAAGCGAAACCGGCAAAAGAGAAGAUUUCUGAUUUGAAAUUGAAGGCUGUCGAUCAUCCCCCAGAAAAUCCCUUGUCGCUGAAGUUUACCUCGGGCACAACGGGCCAGCCAAAGGCCGCUCUUCUCUCCCAUUUCAACAUGGUCAAUGAAGCAGUCUAUAUGGGAAAAGCUAUUCUCCUGGACGAGUGUCCCAGAACAGUGUGUCUAACUCUACCCAUGUUUCAUGUGUUUGGUUUUAGUGUGGUGGCAGCAGCCAUAAAUUACGGCAGCAGUUUGUGCUUGCCAAGUCCAACAUUUAAUGCGCAGUCUUCGUUGGAAGCCAUUGAGAAAUACAAGUGUGACAUUCUCAUGGGUACUCCCACAAUGUUUGUGGACAUGGUAGACACUCAGAAGCGCCUUCAAAAGGACACCUCAAGCUUGGAUUUAGCUUUGAUGGGAGGUUCGGCGUGCUCUCCAGAAGUCGUGUUACGAACCAGAGAAGUAUUAAAAGUGGCAAAGGUCCGUCUAGGAUAUGGCAUGACCGAAAGUUCUGGUGCAGUUUUUGCGGAUGACGGUUCGGAGAGUCCCGACAAAGCUAUGUUGUCAUGUGGGAAACUUUUCCCUCAUGCUGAAGCAAAGGUGGUGGAUGACAAGGGAAAAACAGUGAAGUUUGGCGAAGUCGGUGAGUUAUGGCUUCGGGGAUGGUUUACUAUGUUAGGUUACUUCGAUGAUGACAAACAUACAAGCCAAACAAUUAAUUACAGUGGAUGGCUAAAGACUGGGGACAAAUUUACUCUGGAGCCAAAUGGUGUGGCCCGAUACCAGAGUCGAAAAAAGGAUCUAAUUAUACGAGGAGGCGAAAAUAUAUAUCCUAAAGAAGUGGAGAACUUCUUGGACACACAUCCAAGUAUACUGGAGUCGCAGGUAAUUGGUGUUCCAGAUGAACGCAUGGGAGAAGAAGUCUGUGCGUAUUUGCGAUUGAGAGAUGAUGCUAAGCCCUUAACACUAGAUGAAAUCAAAGAGUAUAGCAAAGGCCAGCUGGCGCAUUUCAAGGUGCCGAAAUAUUUGCGCAUCGUCCAGGAAUUCCCCAAGACGACUUCGGGGAAAAUACAAAAAUUUAAAUUGCAAGAAAUGUUCGAGGAAGGUCGCUAGGCAAACAAGGAGGUACGCAUGUUUUGCAUCUUAUUUUGGCUUUUACAAAAAAAAAAAAAAAAAGUGUGGAGUGUCG